AUGGCAGGUACAGGACUUCCAGAACCCUGGGUUAUCAAGUUUAGUAGAUCGAAGAAACGUGAAUACUUCUUCAACCCGGAGACUAAGGAAUCGGUUUGGGAGGCACCGUCAGGUACAGAUGAGGACCAAUCAAAGAAAUACUUAGAGGAGAACCCAUUGAGGGUCAGAGCUUUGCAUCUCUUGAUUAAGCACAAGGAUUCUAGAAGACCAGCGUCUCAUAGAAAUGAAAAUAUUACCAUUACUAAGGAUGAGGCUAAAGAAGAAUUAGAAACUUAUAUCAAGAGAUUGAAUGGUGGUGAACCAUUCGAAUCAUUGGCUAAAGAGAGAAGUGAUUGUUCAUCAGCGAAAAGAGGUGGUGAUUUGGGGUUCUUCGGUCAUGGAGAAAUGCAACCUUCUUUCGAGAAGGCUGCGUUUGCUUUGAAAAUCGAUCAAGUCAGUGAUAUUGUAGAAUCUGACAGUGGUCUUCAUAUCAUCAAAAGAGUUGCCUGA